GAUUCCGCCAGAUGGCGGUGUCGACAGCCGACGGAUUACAUACGAACAACCUUGUCACUGCCAGAGGUCAAAUCUCUUGGAGAUCAUAGAUUUCGCGCUCGGUCAGUCGUUGGAGAAGUUUUUCGUUAGACGUUUCUUAAUUCCUUCUUUGGAAAAGAUUCUUCGCAGAGCAGCAAAAAUGGCAGGAAAAUACACAAUCGUUAUGGUUCGCCACGGUGAAUCCGAGUGGAAUCAGAAGAAUCUUUUCUGUGGCUGGUUCGAUGCUAACUUGAGUGAUAAGGGCAAGGAAGAGGCUGUUGCCGCCGGUAAGGCUGUGAAGGAUGCAGGUCUCAAGUUCGACGUUGCCCACACCUCAGUUCUCACCCGUGCCCAAGUCACGCUGAACUCCAUUCUUGAGCAAUCAGGACAAACUGGGAUUCCAAUUGAGAAGACCUGGCGACUAAACGAACGGCACUACGGCGGUUUGACCGGCUUGAAUAAAGCCGAAACUGCCGCAAAAUACGGCGAACAGCAGGUACAAAUCUGGCGUCGUAGCUUCGAUGUUCCACCACCACCGAUGGAACCCGGCCACCCUUACUACGACAUCAUUGUCAAGGACGCUCGUUACGCCAACGAUCCCAAACCUGAAGAGUUCCCAAUGUUUGAGUCAUUAAAGCUGACUAUCGAACGCACACUGCCAUACUGGAAUAAUACCAUCAUUCCGCAGAUGAAGGCUGGCAAACGCAUCAUCAUUGCUGCCCACGGUAAUAGCUUGCGUGGUAUCGUCAAGCAUUUGGACAACAUGACUGAUGAUGCCAUCAUGCAACUGAAUCUGCCCACCGGCAUUCCAUUCGUCUAUGAGUUGGAUGAGAACUUCAAGCCUGUGGUGUCAAUGAAAUUCCUUGGCGACGAAGAAACCGUGAGGAAGGCAAUGGAAGCCGUGGCCGCUCAAGGAAAGGCCAAGUAAACCGAACGGUACUAGCACCAAAGGUUGGAGUCAACUGCACACUGUGUAUAACUAAAUUGCAACAAUGUUACAAGAUGUAUAAUUCUAUGGAGGAAUCUGUUCGAAUGAUGAAAUUAAUUGUAAUUUAAUUUAUUUAAAUGAAAAACCACGAGAUUGAGUAUGACAUAGCAUAGAAAGUCGUUAAAAGUGGAUACAAUUGUUAAUGAAAUAGAAACUAUUUCAGUACAA